AUAUUGAUAUGUUUCUUAAAUUUUUCACUAAAAAAUAUACUGGAUAUAUGGAUCUUCUGAUUUUUACGCCGAUUAAAAAUUCUUUUGACAAAUGUUUUUCUUGUCUCAAUGGUGAAGGUAAUGAGUAUUUCAGGUACCAGUUUCUUCGGCACUUUUAGGAAUAAAUAAUGCAAUUUUUUUAUAAAAUGAUGCUACACAGCACCAGACAAAGCGGAAACCGGUAAAAUAUAAACCAUAAAUAAGUAUAUGGGGAGUCGAAGACCUUUCGUCGAAAGGAAAUAGUAGUUUUGCUGGCAGUCUCCUAAGAACAUGAAAUAGGGUAAGUACAAUGAUUUAAGUAUUAUUUGCUAAGCAUUUGUAUGGAAUUAUGAAUUUUUUGUUAAACCAAUCAAGGAGGACGUUUGAUCAUGGUUUUUCGGAUGUGAUUAAAUAUUAAAUAAAUAAUUUUGAGCCAAGCGCCAAUGAUACUUUCUGGGGCAAUUUUAGCGGCGAAUGAUGUUCAAAUAAAUAAAUAUACAGCGUAAAAAGAAUCAAGAAGCUUUCGAAGGCUUAUGACUGGUAACGUUCUUCGAGGAUAUUCAUUGGCUAAAAGUGUCUACGGAUUGUAGUGUCUUCUAUAAUUGAUUGCGGACUUUCUGUCGAAAGUAAGAAACGAAACUAGCAUUAAUUAUGUCACUACCUUAAAUUUCGCUGCUCGAAAAAUAGCUUCAAUAUUUUGAGAAACUUUUGUUAUUUAUUACACUUAUGCCGCCUCUUCCAUGCAAAAUUUCAGAGCAUAUUCGACCAAUUGAAUGGCUGAAACGACUUUUUUCGACAGGUGUUUGCUUGUUUUGCAUUUGCCCCACUUUAGACCGACAUCAGCUCCUCAAUCAACAAAUAACCCAAUUCACACACAAACACAUGUGUAUAGCCUGCUCCGAGUUGCAUUCAAACAGUCAUACAUAUGUACAUAUGGACACAUGUUGCAUGCACAACCUUGCUUGGGCAAGCGAUUCACGUUAAACCCAGCUCACCCCGUCAUUGCGGGUACGGUGAUAGAAAAAGUUUUUCAUAUUUACUUUUUUAAAAGGCCACUUUUCACCGCAAAAGAGAAUGUCAGCUUUACAUACAUAGAUGCAUGUAGAAAGAAGAAGGAAAAUAAAAACAAGAAAGGAAAAUUUCGUUCAUGGCCAUUGCCAGGUGAUGGUUUCUGCUGUGAGAUGAUGCUGUCUUUGCCAGCUUUGUCUAAGUUGCAAUCGAGAAUUUGGCGCAUGCGCAAAUGUUCUUUGGCGCUGCCACGGUGAAGUUGUGUUUGGGAAAAAGGCGACCGACGCGUGCGCAAUUGGAAUUAGACGAAACGUAUAUUGAAAAAUCUUAAAGUGAAAAAAUAAAAGAUUAAAAAAAAAACUAGAAUAUUAAACGAAAAAGCAACCAACCGAGAGAAUUCUAAUUUUUUACCUAUACAAGGAUUAAAUUGAAGUUUGUGCGAAUUUUUAAUUUUUGCUGUUAAACCGUAAAACCGCAUAAGCUGAUUUUACAAGAACAUCUGCAUUUAACCACUACUGAGGCAGUCAAGCGCAACGACGGCAGCCGCCUAAUACGUCGUAGCGAAGUGAACGAGGUAGACAAGAGAAGCUCUUAAAAUAAGUGCCGUUAUUUGUUAGUAAGUUGUACAAGUAACGUAGGAGGGCAACAUAAAGGCAGAAAGAACUGCAAGAAUAUUGCUAAUCUCAUAGAAAAUUGACAGCAGCAGCAGCAACAACAACUACAACAACAUAUGACGACAACCGUCAGCAACGGCAACAACUACGCAUGAACACACUCAACACCGUUGCUGCAACGUACACAAUAAUCACAAUACCAUAACCCACAAGUGCAACAACAGUUGCUGUUGCUGUUUAUUAUUUGCUUAGCGGUAUAUGUAACUAUAAAUCGCAGUACUAAUGUUCUUGCAACGUCUGCGAUUGACACUCGGCGUGUUGCAGCUGCCACUGGCAUUGUCACUGCUGCUAAUAUGUCACGGUGUCUGCGCAAACACCGCGGCAAAUGAGUCGGCUGCCGCGAAGUCAACAACUGCAGCACCGUUGGUCGCACCUUUGGUUUCAUCAUCGGAAGCUACACUUCUAACCACGCAGCGUCUAUUUCCGACAACAACCGCAACGUCAACCUCGGCAACGCUUGCGCGGCAAGCGCGCGCACGUCAGCGCUACGAUGAUGAAGUAGCGGAUGUGGAGUCUAUACAGCCAAAUGCCGCCGCUACCAACGCCAAAGCGUCCGCGCCCCCCAAACUUGGACGCAAUGUUGGUAAUUUGCCGAAGAAGCGCUACAAAGUGCUGUCCGUACACACGAAUUGUACGCGUGACCUCUUCACAAUGCGCAUCGAUUUGAAUCGCGACUUCCGCGGCCUUGUAUACGCCAAGGACUUUCCAUUAGAAUGCAGCGCGCGCGGCAACGCACAACAAAAUGUCACUUUGCGGCUGCCCACAUCCGGUUGUGGUGUACGCGCUGAGCCUCGCGCCGAUGGCGUUAUGGAGUUGUCUGUGCGUGUAAUGCUGCAGAUGGAGCAAAAGCUGCGGCAGAGCUCAGACAUAUUGCGCACAGUGCGUUGUAAGCUACCACCGACAGCGAUGGGCAUGAUGGUGGGACCGAUUGCGAGUAUGGCGAAUAAAAGGGCACGCAUAAAAGCGGGACAACAAUGGAAAGUGCCAGCGAAUUAUAGAAACGGACGCAUGCGCACACUUGGCGCGCCGCAAAAGCACAAUAAUCAUGCAACAGCUACCACAGCCACACCUGGUAAUGAAGAUUUCGCUGACGCGCCGCAAGCGGAAGCGUCCAAUAUUGAAACGCAAACAUUGAAAGAAGAACAACAGGGUGUUGAUGUUGAGAAAGAACAGGAAAUCACCACGACCUCUAAGUCUGCUGCAACAACAGCCAAACCAGCAAACAACAGCGAUGAUGUACGCGAGGGCGGCGGCGGCGCUGAUGUUGGCGCUUCAACUACAACGUCCAACAGCAAUGCCACACCACGCGUGCGCAUUUGGCUUGAAUUGGGCGGCCUUGAUGGCAUUGGUGCGGUAGAAGUGGGCCAAGCCACAACGCUCACAGUGCGCGCCAUCGUGCCAGGCAAUAUGGGUGUGCGCGUGGUGGACUGCGCAGCGCUCGAUGGACUGGGCGAAUCAAAGCAACAACUGUUGGAUGAACGCGGUUGCACCAUCGAUGAGCAGGUCAUGCCGCCUUUGAAUAAACACUUCAAACCGUUGGACGAGGGCUGGUCCAAGCAGCAACCGGACGAUUUGAUGGAGAAAACAUUCACGGCCACAUUUCCAGCCUUCAAAUUUCCCGAUCGCGAACGCUUGCAUGUGAGUUGUGGCGUGCAGCUCUGCAAGGGCAACUGUCCGAAUGUGAAUUGUCGCAGCUCGGAACCGUUACAGCUGAGCGCUGACAAGCACUUAGCACGCAUAGAAGUCUUCAAUUCUCUGGCGGUGACGGCACCGCAAAUUGAGGUGGACCGAUUACGUUACGAUCGACGCUAUAACAUGAGCGCUGAAGAAUAUCCCCCCCAUAUCCGUCACAUCCACAGCGACGGUACACUAUGUCUCUCCGUCUCCAAGCUGGCCAUCUCAUUCUGCGUGCUGGGACUCAUUUUUCUGUUGGCGGUCAUUGUGGCAAUUUACUCAUUAAUACGCGCACGUCGCCGCACUACAGGCAGCAGCUGCGCCUUGACGCCACCCAGCAGCGGCACGGGUCACAUGCAGCGCGCAGAACUUUGCACAUCCAUGUUCUCAUCGAGCAGCGAAUCAGCGCAAUCGGCGCGUUUUGGCAGCAAACUACUCAUGCCCUACUAUCCAAAUACAUUACCCUAUGGACGAGUUUACUAAAACGACGCAAGGUUCGACCUUUUAAUUACUAUUGUAGGCAUUAGUUGUAGUUUUAGAAAUUUACCGUAUAAGCUUCAUAUUUCACUCAUUAUCUAAAGACUGAUUUUUGUAGUUUUUUUCCUCAAUGAACGCAUUGCAAAACAAAAAAAUAGCAAUAAUUGUGAAAAUUUAAUUUUUACAAACAACUAAUGCAAUAAUACUCUAAUAGCUACUAUUUCAUUAUUAAGUAUAAGCUACAUCUUAUGAAAGAAAUUCGAAAACGUUUUUGAAAAAAAAAAAAACAUUUUGUUGCAUGUUGAAAAUGUUUUUUGACUUUUCUUUCUAAAUAGUUGUUUUUUAAGUUUAAUUAGUUGCUUAGCAUGGUAGUGUUAGUUAUAGCUUAGAUUUAAUUAGCAUGUUAGCAUGAAAAUUCUGUUUAUUUAAGAAAACAUAACCUUAAAAUUAUUAUAAAAAAAUUAUUUUUCGAAAAUAAUCAACUUCAAUGUUUGAAUAGUAAUGUAUAAGUUGUCGUUUAGACAAAGUAUUGUUUUUUAGCAAAAACGUAUUCGUAGUUACAUAUGUAUUACAAUUUUAUAUUUAAACCAUAUUUUAUUUAAAUUAGAAUUUAAUGAAUCGAACAUGUCAACGAAACUAUUUUUCAAAACACAUUUUUUAAAAACAUACAUAUAUGAAAUAUAGAGCACAGAUAAAUAUAUUAAAUAUAAGAUAACCUCGAAAUUAACCUCAAUUCUGAAACCUGUUUCAGUUUUGAUAUAUGUGUACAAGUAGAUUUUUUUUUUAACUUUUUUUAUUUACAAAAAGUUCACAUUAAAAGUAUUUAAAAAAAAUUUAAGUCCCCCCUUAAAGAGUAAAUCACAUUGCUACACUGUCUAAUGACAAUAAACUUUAAACAAUUUUUUAGAAUCAAAUCCGAUUACUGUAACUUUUUUGAACCAAAAUCACCCAAAGAACUAGUUUUCUAUAAGAAACAUCUCUAAUUUAAUGGUGUGGGGUAUUGCUAAUAAGAUUUAGUUGCCUAAUUUAUAUAUUAAAAAAUUUUUGAAGGUUACUUACAACGAAAUAAAAUGUAUAACUAAUAAUUUACUACAUUUUGAGAUGUCUUAAUUAAAUUAAAAUAAAAAAAAAUCAUAUUUAAUUAAUGUGACGAUUGAUUUUUAUUGUUUUUGUUGUGCUAACUUACGAUGUUAUUGAAAUAAUAGAUUAUGCUCUUAACUACUUCUAAACCUUUUUUUGCCAAUUCUUCGUUUUUUAAAUCAACAUUUUAUUUACUUUCAUACCCCAACCCGCUUGAGUAUAUAAAACACUGUUUUCAAUAAAUUGUAAUGCAAGUAUUUGCAAUUCAUUUAUUACACUGUGUAAAUUUAUCGCGCAUUUUUACACGCUUACACUUUUUAGCUGACAUUUUAUUGCAUUUCAACGUAUUAACGCUGUUGUUUUUUUAUUUUUUAUUUUCGUUUAACUAAAUUUGUAGAAAUUAAAAGAAUCACAUCUAAUAACAAGUUAAUUACAUAAAAACAUCAAAUUUUGGUACAAUACAAUCAAUAUUAACAGUAGCAUAGCUGAUGAAUAUCUAUAAAUGGAAUAAAGAAUUUACAUAUGCGCCUUUUGUUGUUGUCUUAAUAACGCAAAAAUUAUAAAAGCAAACGCUGUUUUUGUGUGUGUGUUUGUGUAUAUGUGUUGAACAGUAUUUGUUGUGUAGAGUGGUGAAAAACUUGUUUGCCAUUUUCGUUUGUAUUUUUUUUUUGUUUUGUUUUUAUAAAGUUGUAUGAAUACUGUUGAAACUGUAACGUUUAAUUUAUUUUUGUAUACAUUUUUCGCUAAAUAGUUAGUAGCUUUUAAAACAAAAAACAAAAUAGCAAAUAUAUACACAUUUAAAUAUUGCGUUGCACUCGUUUACGAACGCUCAGAUAUAGUAUAU